GCUAGCAAAGGAGAGCCCACUCACCUCGGCUUGGUGGGGGGUGCCUAGCUUUACCAAUACGGCAUCUAGUCCGGCCAGCCGGAGCGGGAGACGACGUCAGGUGGCACUCCCUCGCGGCUGUUGCCGACCGGCCACCACGGCCCAGCUGAGCCAUGCCACCAGCCACGCUGCAGCACGGCGGCGAUGACGGCGAGUGGUUCGCGGAGGUGGUGGUGGUCCGGCACGGGGAGACGUCGUGGAACGCCUCCCGCAUCGUUCAGGGACAAAUGGAUCCACAACUAAAUGAGACCGGCAGGCAGCAAGCUGUUGUGGUGGCCCGUCGUCUGUCUGGAGAGGCCAAGCCGGCUGCUGUAUAUACUCCUCCGACCUCAAGCGUGCUGCCGAGACCGCACAAGCCAUAGCUAAAGCUUGCGAUGUACCAAACGUAAGAACAUACGAUCGAUGUUUCUUACCGCGAUCAGUGUGGUUUUUUUUAGGGCUAAUGGCAGGUGCUCUGCCUUUUCAUUAUAGUUUAGGAAUUUACAAGGGAAAAGUUUAAAGCCCUAAAGCAGACAAAAGGAUAGAGAUACAGCAGAUUUACAAAGCUAAGGCCUCAUAUUGGCCAUGUCCAAGUAUGCUAAGUCAGACCUGACUAAGCAAGCCACCAUAUCAGCAGUUAAAGACAGGUUUUGGAAUAUUCUUCGGUUUCGUUCAUUUCAAAUAUUCCAAGCAAAGUAUAGCGCAGCUGCUGCCUUUUUCUGCUGCCCAUAGGCAAAACUUCUCCACCAGGUUGCGAUGGAGGUGAACGGCAAGGUUGCUUGAAGUUGAAUGUUAGGCAGCAUGGUGUUGAUCUUCUGCCACACUUCCUUUGCAAAAGGGCAGCCACAGAUCAGAUGAGCGGCAGUCUCAAUCGUUUGGUCGCAGAGGGAGCAGGUGUCGUUGUGUUCACAUCCUCUCGCGCGAAGACGAUCAGCAGUUGGCAGUCUAUUUUGAGACAGAAGCCAACCAAAGAAUUUGAUCUUUCCCUCCACCUUUGCUUUUCAAAGGGCAUUCAGCUCAGGCUUCGCAAUGGUUCCGAUGAAUUGGGCAUCAUAAGCAGUGGCAGCAGUGUAUGAUUUGUUGUCGUUCCAUUUCCACUCAAUGUCAUGCGGUUGAUCCGAGAGGUUAACCCCUUGUAUCCGGUGCCAAAGGUCAAUGAAACUGAUCAGAUCCUCAGUGGUGCUAAGUUGCUCGAUUCCUUUCAUCCAGCGGCCUCGAUGGAGAGCAGCCGCCACCGAGGCAUUUUUCCGCCUUGCAAGCUUAUGUAGGUUUGGGGCGAUGUCCUUAGGUGCAGAACCAUUUAGCCAUGAGCUACUCCAGAAUUUAGCACUUUGACCGUCACCAAGCUUGACAGUUGUGGAGGCGUUGAACAGCUGCAUGUUAGUGCUAGUGCAUGGAAUUGCAAUCCAACCCAAGGCCUAUUGGGGUAUUUCCAGAACGCUAGGUUUUUUAUUCCAAGGCCCCCAAGCUUUUUGGGGGAGCAUACUUGUUGCCAAUUGACUGCACAGUGGCCUUCUUUGGCCUCUUCUUCUCCUUUCCAAAGAAAACUUCUUCGGAGCUUGUCAAUCCUCUUUACAACCCACUUGGUUGGAGCAAAAAUUGUCAGAUAGUACGUGGUCAAGGAGGUUAACACCGAGUUGAUGAGAGCCAGCCGUCCCAUCCUGUUAAGUAAUUUUCCCUUCCAGCCCGCAAGCUUUGCUGCGAUUUUAUCAAUGAGCACUUGAAAAUCCACCCUCCGAAGCUUGCGAAUGCUCAGAGGCAUCCCAAGGUACUUGCACGGGAGGGAGCUGAUUUCGCCCUCAAACUCAGCUAGAACCUCCUCAAUCACAUGGUCCUCACAUGCAAUUGGGUAUGCUGCUGAUUUGCUGAAAUUUGUGCAGAGGCCGGAGAUCUUGCCAAAGGCUGCAAGGAUGGAUUGAAGAGCAGCCACUUCAGCUCGGACAGGAUUCAUGAAUAGGGCAGCAUCGUCUACGUAAAGACUGACUCUGACUGAGGCACUGUGAUAAUUGAUUGGACUAAGAAUAUGUUUCUUAGUAGCUUUGUCAAGGAUUCGUUGUAGGGGGUCAAUGGCCAGCAGGAAGAGCAACGGCAAUGAUCUUCGUUGUGGUUCUCAUCUCUGAAGAUCCUGUUUUUUUACCUCGUGUUAAGGGUGGUGGAGAGAGCCUGAACCAGCUUACCCAGCGGUGCGUCGCCUACCUAAACAAAAUCGCUCAGCAACACAUGGGUAAGCGGGCAAUGAUCAGAUUCAGCACUGUCGUGUUAGUGUUGUCACACCGCGCUCUAACUGAGCCCUGAGCUCUUUGACGACAGGGGAGCGGGUGAUCAUGGUCUCUCACGACGCGGCGACAGUGGAGCUCUGCCGGCACACUGAUCCCCCCGGCAGCUCGGUUCGCCGGAACGUCCCCAACACCUCGCUCAACGUCUUCCACGUCUCCGGUGUCAACGGGCAGUGGGUCCUCACGAGGUUCGGCGACGUCCGCCACCUCUUCUGCCUAAGAGCAUCUCCAACAGACGCGCGCAGGCGGCGUGUUAAAAGUUUUUUACUACGUCGAAAUAGCGGUUGAACUGGUCAGUUGCUUCAGCAGGCGCUCAAAUUUUUUAGCGCCCCAGCGUGCCGCUUAGCAGGCGCGGUAAAAUAGAGCGCGUGCACCCAGCAUUGUCUUCAGAUAUAUGCGACACAUGGCACAUAUGAGGUUAUGUGGCCAUGCCUUCUUUGCCAAUGUAAGGGUGUUGCUUUCGAAAGUCCAAUUCGGCUCUUGGGAGCAUACGCUCCUACACACCAAAAAUAUUAUUUUACAAAUGUCAACUGUUUUAUAAAAAUGUUUAUUAUCACACAAAAAUGCUACAUGCAAUUAUUUAGGGGAAAGAUUAAACAAAUUAAACAUUUGUGAAAAAGAAGUCAAAGAGCAAAUGUUAACUUCAAAUGUAAUACUUAAUUAUUAGGAGCACUGCUAUCCCGUUUCGCAUGAAAAUUGUCAAGCAACUUAUACACUAUCAAGAACAUCUUUAAAAAAAAUUCAAAAUAUAUAUAAUCUACUUGCUAUUUAUUUUGAAUGUACUAUUCAUCCGGAAGUAUAUGCACCUCAAAGACAAAUCGGCCAUCACGCUUUUGGAAAUCCAAUUCGGCUCUUGAGACAAAACGACCAUCCCUGUUGCUUUUCCUUUUUAUGUUUUUGGUUUGUCUGUAAUAAGGGCAUCUCCAACUCUGACACGCAACCGUCCGGACCGCGUGAUCCGGACGUGUUUUGCCAUUCAAUAUGAGUUUGUAUCGGUCUGCCGACCGGUUUGGACAUGAUUUUUGCCGCAAGCCGGAAACAAACUAGGGGGGCUUUGCCAGCGUCCAGACCGUCGCCACGCCCGCUCCCAAUAGCCGUGGCCCAACCAAAACGCAUCUCCCACCUCUCCUAUGCUUUCCAUCCAACGCUCUCCUGUGUUUUUUUUCAGUUUAUAUGAAAAUUAUCUGAUUUGCAUGUAAUUUAUCUGAUUGAUUUAAACCCGACGUGAAAUGUAUGCGCCUAGGUUUGGAUGACCGCUCCCGUAUCCAUGAUGCGGAGUCUGAUUUACGGGUCUUGAAGAUGCCCUAAGACUAAUAGUUAUUUGAUUGAAAAUCGAUCGAGGUGUUGUCGUUGUUUUUAUUUUAAAAAUCACACAUGAUGACACCAAAAGAAGGUCGCCGGAGAAAAGGACGCCGGCGUCGUCAAGAGGGAUCGGCCGGCAAGAGGAGCUGAUAUCUCGUGCAUUGUUGUCUCGUCAAGACUCAUCACACUAAUUAAGGCAUGUGCGUUGUCUCAUCCAUUGUUGUUGUGCUCAUCGAGUUGGAGAGUAUCUUCAUUAGAUGAGCUGAGAGCAGCUUCCAUUAAAAUAAGAGCACGCGUGUCCGGCAAGAUUUACACUAAAAAAUGGUGAUAAAGAAGAACAGAGCAACGCUUUCCUGGAAGCUGCAAGCCAGUCCGCAGCGAACCCGGGAGAUACCACUGUCCUUCUACUCGUCUCUGUGCUGCAUGUAAGAGAGAGUACGCCACCAACCAUGGCCGGUCGAGCACGAGCAGCAACGUCACCUCCUGCUUCGCCACCGCCGGGCAAGCAGUUCGCGGAGGUGGUGGUGGUGCGACACGGCGAGACGUCGUGGAACGCCACCCGCACCAUCCAGGGGCAGAUGGAUCCGGAGCUGAACGAUACCGGCAGACGACAGGCUCUCGUGGUUGCCCGCCGGCUGUCGAGGGAAGCCAAGCCAGCUGCCGUCUACUCCUCAGACCUCAAGCGCGCCGCCGAGACCGCGCAAACCAUAGCUACAGCCUGCGGCGUAUCCUCUCUGGUGCUGGAUCCAGCGCUGAGGGAGAGGCACAUGGGAGAUCUCCACGGCUUGGCGUUUGACGACGCCGUCAGAAGGAACCCUGAGAUCUUCUCUUCUUACUCGAGGACCCAAGAAAUACCCGGUGGUGGGGAGAGCCUCGAUCAGCUAUCCAAGAGGUGUGUCUCGUACCUGAACACGGUGGCUGAGAAGCACAAGGGGGAGCGGGUGAUCGUGGUUACCCAUGGCGCGAGCACGGAGGAGCUGUGCAUACACGCCGACCCGACCAGCCCGGUGCGCGGGAAGCUCUACAACACUUCGAUCUGCGUCUUCCGUAUCGGCGGCGGUGAAUGGAUCCUCGAGAAGGCCGGCGACGUCGGCCAUCUCGAUCAAGGUGAAUUCCUUGAGGACGCAUUUGGCGGCGAUGGCGUAUCUGCGUGACGACGUGGUACCGCUGUUUCCCUUUCGCCGACGCAUUCAUCAGCAAUCUACAGUUCACACAAAGCCAGUUCGACCGGCCAAUGUCAUUGCACUGACGUGUUAUUAAUUCAUCCUGGGUGAAACAAUAAAUGAUCAAAUUACUACUCGAGAGACGCUGCAGUUGGUUUGCAACUGUUUACUAUAGUUGCUACUACCACUAUCCAGACAUGCAGUUGGUUUGCAACUGUUAGGUCGUCAAUUUGACUAGUGAAACAUAUAUUACACGCCCUUAUAAAUA